UACAAAUAAAAUAAUUUACAAACUCUUGAUUUACCGAUAGUUCGAAAAUCCCAAUUUGGCCGGCACAUACGCUAGCGCUAUCUGGCUAUACACGUAUACGUACGUGUCGUCGAUCGUGGACAUGUGUUGUUACGUUACAUGUUGUCUCGCGCUGCUGUUUUAUUUUCACAUCCAACUUGGUAUUUAACAGAGAUUCUUUCGCAAUAUUUUUGUGACUUUUGACUGCUACAGUUUUUGAAAGUGAAAAUCAAAAUGCCAGGGAACUGUCAUUUCAAUGAUGCUUGGUUAGAGCACCCUGUUUAUCGUGAGUGGAUUAUGAAAGUAAGCUCAAAUCCGUCGACCGCAAAAUGUGCUGUUUGCAUGUGCAAUUUCAGUCUCGGCAACAUGGACGAAGCAGCCGUCAAGAGCCACGUGAAGAGUGAAAAACACAAGACAAAGCUAGUCAAACAACGCGGCUCAUCUACUCUCACAAUAAAGAGCUUCUUCAAGCCAAAAGGAGAAUGUCCAUCAGUUUCUACCACUCAGUCUGCAGAUGCAAUGCCGAGUACUUGUGCUUCAUCAACCUCCAAAGUGACAUAUCCCAUUCCUGUUGCUGCCAGAGAGGAUACAUUGUAAGCAGAAAUACUCUGGUGCCUGAAAGUGGUUGAGGACCAUUUAUUAUUUCAUUCAUGUCAGCACAAUAGCGACCUCUUUCAAAGAAUGUUCCCAGAUUCAGCGAAUGCAAAAGGGUUCCAAUUGUCAGAGACAAAAUGCAGAUACAUGACUGUGUUUGGUUUGGGGCCAUAUGUGCAAGAUCUUGUGUAUGACAACAUAAAGAAAUCCUCCCAUUAUGCCAUCCUAUUUGAUGAAAGUAUCAAUCAGAAACUGCAGAAAAGCAAAUGGACUUCCUCAUAAGAAUGUGGCAGCAUAAUGAAGUUUGCACUCGCUACUUGACAUCAGUCUUCAUAGGACAUGGUACAGCUGCUCACCUCAAGGAAGAACUGAAUAAAGUUCUUCACAGAGUAGGGUUGGAAAAAUUAUUGCAAAUUAGUAUGGAUGGUCCGAAUGUAAAUUGGAAAAUGUAUGAUGAUUUGUCAAGAGAAUACAAAUCAGAAGUGAACCGUUCCGUA